AUGCCCAGGCCGGGGAAGAGUUCGUACAGCGACCAGAAACCGCCCUACUCUUACAUCUCCCUGACGGCCAUGGCCAUCCAGCACUCGGCCGAGAAGAUGCUGCCCCUGAGCGACAUCUACAAGUUCAUUAUGGAGCGGUUCCCUUACUACCGGGAGCACACCCAGCGUUGGCAGAACUCCCUCCGCCACAACCUCUCUUUCAACGACUGCUUCAUCAAGAUCCCGCGGCGACCCGACCAGCCGGGCAAAGGCAGCUUCUGGGCGUUGCACCCGGACUGCGGGGACAUGUUUGAGAACGGCAGCUUCCUCCGCCGCCGCAAGCGCUUCAAGGUGCUGCGCCCCGAGCAUCACCUGCCCGGCGGCGGCGGCGGCGGGGGGCGGCGGCGGUCCCGGCAAGCCCGCGGCGCCCACCCCGCACAUGGUGCACUACUUCCAUCCGCACCCGCCACCGCCUUCUCGCCCUACGGGAGCAGCCAGCCCUCGGGCUUCAAGCAUCCCUUCGCUAUCGAAAACAUCAUCGGCAGAGAUUACAAGGGUGUGCUGCAGGCCGGCGGGCUUCCGCUGGCCUCGGUGAUGCACCACCUGGGCUACCCGGUGCCCAGCCAGCUCAGCAGCGUGGUGAGCUCCGUGUGGCCGCACGUGGGGGUGAUGGACUCCGUGGCCGGUGUGCCCGUGUCCCCCGACUACGGACCCUUCGGCAUGCCCGUGAAGGCGCUCUGCCACCCGCCGGCACAGACCAUGCCCGCCGUCCCGGUGCCCAUCAAGCCGGCGCCGGCGCUGCCCGCUGCCUCGGCCAUCCCUGCCCUCACGGUCGCCGCCUCGCAGAUCUGCCCCGCCGCUUCCCCGGCUGCUGCAUCGCUGCUGGAACAGACCGCGAGCAACAACCCCGAGGGCAAGAGCUCCCUCCACUCCGUCCUGGUGCAUUCCUAA